UAAAACGAUAAAAGCUCUCAUUGGUUCCAAGCUGACAGAGGGACGGAGGGAAACGUUGAGACCCCAAAUCAGGGACAAGAAACUGCAACCCCGGGCUCAGAAAGUGACAACUGUGCCUCGUCUACCACUGAUUCUCCACCUCAUAAACCUCCCCCCCUCCCAAUUUCCCCCUCCCUCCCUCCCCACCCUCAGACAGCUUCACCCCAGCCUGAGGAUGCUGUUCUCGCUCCUGCCUCUCUUAUCUCUUCUCCACCUGGUGCUCCCGCAGAGAAUCGUCUUUACAGCCGUGACCGACACGGUCCUCCCUCCCGACUACGACAAUAAUCCGACCCAGCUUAAUUAUGGAGUGGCAAUCACUGAUGUGGACAACGACGGAGAGCUGGAGAUAGUGGUGGCCGGAUACAACGGUCCGAACCUAGUGUUAAAGUAUGACAGAACCACGAAGCGGCUGCAGAACAUCGCUGUUGAUGAGCACAGUUCUCCUUACUACUCAUUGCGCGAUCGACAAGGCAAUGCUAUAGGCGUAGCGGCCUGUGACAUCGAUGGUGAUGGACAAGAAGAAAUAUACUUUCUCAACACUAAUAACGCCUUUUCAGGCAUAAGCACCUACACUGAUAAACUCUUCAAGUUUCGGAAUGGAAGGUGGGAAGACAUCCUGAGUGAUGAGAUCAACGUGCACAGAGGGGUUGCUAACCGUUUUGCUGGCCGCUCAGUCGCAUGUGUGGAUCGGAAGGGCUCCGGGAAAUAUUCUGUCUAUGUGGCCAACUAUGCCAGCGGCCGAAUUGGCCCCCAUGCUCUGAUAGAAAUGGAUGAAUCUGCCAGCAACCUGUCAUUGGGAAUCAUUGCACUUUCCAAUGUGGCAGCGGAAGCAGGAGUUGACAGGUUCACGGGUGGCCGUGGCGUUGUGGUCGGGCCCAUCGUCAGCUCCAGCAGCUCCGAUAUAUUCUGCGACAACGAGAAUGGGCCGAACUUCCUCUUUAAGAACAACGGAGAUGGCACCUUCACUGAUAUAGCAGCCCAGGCUGGAAUCGAUGACCCCACGCAGCAUGGCCGUGGACUGGCACUGGCAGACUUUAACCGAGAUGGGAAAGUGGACAUAGUCUAUGGCAACUGGAUGGGACCACACCGCUUCUACCUGCAGACCAGUGUGAAUGGAAGGGUCCAAUUUAGGGAUAUAGCAACACAGGCAUUUGCAACACCUUCGCCAGUUAGAACUGUGAUUGUGGCGGACUUUGAUAAUGAUCAGGAGCUUGAAGUAUUUCUCAAUAAUAUUGCAUACCGAGGGUCUUCUGCAAACCGCGUCUUCAGAGUCUCUCAACGGGAAGGGGCAGACCCAUUGAUUGAAGAGGUAAAUGCAGGAGAUGCCGCAGAGCCAACAGGACAAGGAACAGGUGCUGUCGCUACGGAUUUUGACGGUGAUGGAAUGCUGGAUCUCAUCAUUUCUCAUGGGGAGUCCAGGGCUCAGCCCCUUUCUGUGUUUAAAGUAACCCAGGGCUCUGACAACAAUUGGCUGAGGGUCAUUCCUCGGACCCGGUUUGGUGCAUUUGCCCGUGGGGCAAAGGUGGUGCUGUACACACGGAGAACUGGACCUCACCUCCGCAUUGUCGAUGGAGGCUCUGGGUACCUCUGUGAAAUGGAGCCAGUGGCACACUUUGGAUUGGGUAAGGACAUUGCGACUCACCUGGAGGUGACCUGGCCUGGUGGGACAUUCACCUCUCGUGCUAUUGCCCCAGCUGAAAUGAACUCCACGAUGGAAAUCCCAUUCCCUGACCAGGACAGUCAGACCUUAAAUCUGGAAAUCGAGUGUGGGGAAGGCUUCACAGUUGACAGGAGUGGUCGCUGCACAGAUGCUGAUGAAUGUGUGCAGUUUCCACUAAUGUGCCCCAGGGAAAGGCCCAUCUGUAUCAACACUUACGGAGGCUACAAGUGUCGGCCGAACAGGAGAUGCAGUCAUGGUUAUGAACCCAAUGAAGAUGGAACAGCUUGUGUGGGUCAGUGAUCUGCCCCUGGCUAAAUAGUCUUUUAACUCUUUAGCAAUUCCAUUUAUUCAAUGUUAAGCACUUCAGUGUAACUGAGCUGAAUUUCAAUCUUGUAUCAAUGUGUAUCUUAUGCAAUUAUUCAUUAAAAAGAAUGCUCUGUUCAUCUGCUAAA